AUAAAAUUUUUAAUUUAUGUGUAUAUAUUUAACAUUGAACCCCCUGAGCAUAAGCCAAAGGACUAGCUCAGUGGCAAAUGGGGUUCAAUAUUUCGCCUUAGCUUGUCUCAGCUCGUGAGUUCGAAUCCGAAUAAGCACUUUUUUUUUCUGAUUAGCGUGUUUAAUUUUUUUUGAACCCCCUUCAUAAAAUUCCUGGGUCCGCCACUGGUAUGGAGUGUUUGCCUCCAAAGACAUGGAGCCUCUCCGUCGAGCUAGGGUAAUAAUGGAAAUUCCUUUGGAACUGAUGUUAACCAUAAGCAAAAAAUUUCCUUGGAUGUUUUUUCCAGAUAUUAUACCUGUAGGACAUCCAAUAUUCAACAUUAUCAAUUCAACCAAUCCUAAGACAGAUUGGGACUUGAGGUUGGCAUGUCUUCUUUUAUAUGCUUUUGAUUGCAAGGACAACUUUUGGCAGCUUUACGGAGACUUCUUGCCUAGUGCUGAUGAAUGCACUAGCUUUCUUCUAGCUACUGAGGAGGAUCUUUUGGAGUUGCAAGACGAGAAGCUUGCUUCAACCAUGAGAGAACAGCAACAUCGGGAACUUGAGUUUUGGGAGAAAAACUGGCAUUCUGCAGUACCUCUCAAAAUUAAGCGUCUUGCUCAGGAUCCUGAGAGAUUUAUUUGGGCAAUGAGUAUAGCACAAUCUUGAUGCAUCAACUUGCAAACGAGAAUUGGUUCACUGGUUCAAGAUGCAAAUAUGUUGGUACCUUAUGCUGGAAUGAUGAAUCAUUCUUUUCAGCCAAAUUGCUUUUUCCAUUGGCGCUUCAAGGACCGCAUGCUGGAGGUGAUGAUAAAUGCAGGACAAAGAAUUAGAAAAGGAGAUGAGAUGACUGUUGAUUACAUGGCUGGACAGAAGAAUGUCUUUUUUAUGCAGAGAUAUGGUUUCUCAUCGUGUCACGACCCAAUUUCGGAUGCAACUGUAAAUGACUGGCAAGAAAUCGCUAAUCCGUGGGAUGUCAUUCAUUUCACCGGAGAUGCCAAAAUUCAUCUAGACACUUUUUUAUCGGUCUUUAACAUGUCUGGCCUCCCUGGAGAAUAUUAUCACAACAGUAAGCUAUCGAAUGAUGGAGACAGGUUCGUCGAUGGAGCAAUAAUAGCAGCAGCAAGAACAUUGCCCACUUAGUCAGAUGGAAAUCUCCCUCCAAUUCCAAGUUUAGAGAGGAAAGCAGUGAAGGAACUGCAAGAAGAAUGCCACCAGAUGCUUGCAGAAUUUCCCACGACUUCUGACAAAGACCAGAAAAUCCUAGAUUCGAUGCCUGAAUGCAGGAGAACACUCGAAGCAGCAAUAAAGUAUAGAUUACAUCGGAAAUUACUGAUAGAGAAGGUUAUACAGGCCUUGGACAUUUACCAAGACAGGAUUCUGUUCUAGACAUGAAUAACAGCUGGAUAAGUAGUCUUUGCCAGAAAUCAUGUAGCCAUAGCAGCCGCCUCCAGAAUGUGGUUCCAUUGCAGAUAUCCAGAAAGCUUUAUUUUAUCACAAUUGCUUUUGCAGCUUUGUCAAGAACAUUUAGAGGGCUUUUGUUGGGGUUGGGUGGGUGGGAUUUGGAAAGUAGCUAGUAAUGGUGUAUAGGUGGAAAAUCCCCCCACCAUUUUUGGAAAGAUAGGAUGUGAAGAAAAAUGAAAGGUCCUCUGUGGAAAUCUUGAUGAAAAUGAAGGAUGUCCUCUGUGGAAAUCUUGAUGAAAAUGAAGGAUAGCUUUGCUGAAUAUGUUUGAUGUGUUUGAUAACAAGAGUUUUGCAUUUCCAUUUACUGAGGAAAAAAGAACUAUGAGCUACUAAUUCUUUUUCUGAUAAAAGUUGAAAAAAGUGGGAGAAAAUAGUCAAAUGCCCCUUAACCUAUAUUCGGAUUCUCAACUACACACUUUAACUUCACGGGAGUCGUAUCACCCCCUUGAAUUGUUUAAAACUGAAAUUAUUACACCCUCAAAAAGUCAU